AUCGAAAGCAUCCACUGUGUCGGCUAGAUAUUUUCAGGGGACAUACAGAAUACCACAAUGUCAGGACAUGGACAAGAAAACUUCCACAUUGACGCAGAGUUUGCGGAGAGGAAGAAGUUGUCUAAAGAUGAAUUGUUGAAAAGGAUGGAUGAUUGGGCAGCCUCCGGCCGAUAUGAUAAGCAAAUGGUGACGUCAUGUUAUAUCGGACCUAAGGUUGUAGCUGACGCUAUAGCAGGAUAUUAUAUUGAUAAUAGAGAAUUUGUCCAGGUCAUGGAUAUUGCAGCUGGAACUGGGGCCGUCGCUAACGAAUUGAUAAAACUUGGAUUCAAAAAAAUAGACGCCAUCGACCCCAGUAAAGAAAUGAUGAAGGUUGCCUUAAGUCGGAAUCUGUAUCAAAAUUAUUUCAAUGAAUACGUUGAUGGUCGUAAAAUGUCCAUCGUAACGGAUUCCUAUGAUUGUGUUGUUAUCUGUGGUGGACUCUCCGAAGGUUAUAUUCCCACAAAUGGAAUUUUCGAAAUCCUCAGAAUUGUCAAAAUAGGUGGAAUCAUAGCUUUUACCAUUCCAAAAUUCUACGAAUUCGGCGUGGAAGAAUUUAGAGGGCGGUUGAUGCCAUUAUUUGAUCAAUUGGAGAAGCAUGGAGAUUGGAAGCAGCUGAGGAAAGAUACCGUACCGGCCUUAUUGGAUAAUGUAGAAGCCUGGAGAUUCGUUUUUAAAGUUUUGGUGUCGGAAUCGUCGGUUCCACGGCUUCCUGAAAACGGAAAAAAAUAAAUGAAUAUUUUGUUUAUAUUUUUGUAAUUUUAAGGAUAUAGAUAAUAUAUAGAUAAUAUUUGUUUACCAGCUGAUCGAGCACUAUAUAUGUAUUUCAGUAGGGACGCAGGCUGAAAUGGGUCAGUUGUUUGAAGAUUGCACAGUGUGAAACUCUGAGUAACGACAGGGUUCUCAUCUCAUGCAGUCGGUUCAAUGAAGAUUCCAGUUUUCACAAUGGGUUUUAUAGGUUUUCACUGUCAAUAUACUUCAUGAUCAACAGAAAACGUGGAGCUGGAAGUGAUGUCAUAGAAACUUCAUUAAACAAUUCAUUUUGAAUUUGGAUUGUCAACCAAUAAAAUUGAUAUAUUUUUCAAAUAAAACUUUAAAUUGGAA